UCAUCAUGGCCCUUUUCCAUAUCGACGCGCGAGUGGCUGUACUUUUUGUAGUGUCCGCCGCAAUAGCCCUAGUUGUACGGGCCAAAACAACGCAACAGAUCACCCGCAAUGGGGUAGCACUCAGGAAACCUCCCAAUACCCUCCCGCUUGUCGGCAACGGGAUCAUCUUUCUCCAACCUCGCCAGCGCCUCUUUUCGUGGUUCGCCAAGUGCGAGCGGCUCUUUGGUUAUGAGACGCUGGAAAUUUCCGUCCCCUCACUUCCACCGGGCGUCAUCAUCAGCGACCCGCGCAACCUCGACUUUGUGCUCCGCCACGAGGGCAUCUUUGAGAAGGGCGACUUCUUCAAGCAGCGCUCGUGGGAUCUCUUUGGCCAUGGGAUCAUCAAUGUCGACGGCGAGCUGUGGCGGCUGCAGCGCAAGGCCGGGCUUCGGUUUCUCGCCACGCCGACGCUGCGUGCGCUAACGAGUGUUGAGCUACCGCAGUACUUGGGUCAGGCUAUUGCUGUUUUGGCAGACAAGGCUCGCGGCUCUGAGCGUGUGGAUUUGCAGGCUGUCGUUCAUGAGGUGACGACUCAGUUGAUGGGCCGGAUGGCGUACAACAUGGACAUGCACGCGGAUGACGAUUUCACAAUGGCCUUUGAACACGCCUCGGGCGCUACCUUCGAACGCUUCCAGAACCCGCUGUGGUUUCUUACCGAGUAUAUCACAGGGACUCGGCUGCGGCGAUCCGUUUCUAUUGUCAAGGACUACGGCAAACGUAUCGUGGCCAGUGCUGUGUCUGACCGCGCCGCUGGCAAAGAGAGCCGAUCUGAGAUCCCGGGUAGCUUGAUACAGUCGUUGCUGGAUUCGAUCGGUGACGAGAACCUUGUCGCCGAUGCAGCACUCAACUACCUCUCCGCCGGCCGUGAUACCGUUGCUCAAGCCUUGACUUGGACUCUGUACCUCCUUAUGAGGCAUCCCGACGUGGCAACUACGCUCCGCAAGUCGAUCCGGGGACUCGAAGGAUCCGGUCUCGCAGAGAACCUCACACCCAUCCAACUCCCCUACGCUUUGGCUGUGUUUUACGAAUCCCUCCGUCUCUACCCCCCCAUCCCGUUCGAGAUGAAGCAGGCCCAACAAGCAACCACGCUCCCUGACGGCACAGCCCUCCCCCGCAAUGCCAUCGUCGUCUGGAGCGCCUGGGCCAUGAACCGUUCUCGCGACACGUGGGGCCCGGACGCCGACGACUUCCGGCCGGAGCGGUGGCUGACGGAGGACGGCACCGGAGUGACGCAGCGCUCUGCUGCCGAGUUUCCCGUCUUCAACGGCGGGCCGCGGAUCUGUCUGGGUAAGCGCAUGGCCGAGUUGGUCGCGGUGCAGGUACUCGCUCGACUGGUGGAUGAGUUUGACUUUGUCCCAGCGUUUGAGGGCGAGAGGGUGAGUAAAAGCAGUUUAACAUUACCCAUGGAGGGUGGACUACCUGUGUAUGUACAAUGCAGGCAGAAGCAAUACGAGGCGGAUUAA